CUUUACCUCAGUCCACUCACUUUCCAUAAAAAAAGACAUGGUUCUUCAAACUAAACUUACCAAGCUGGUUGGCAUCAAGCAUCCCAUCGUUCAAGGUGGCAUGCAAUGGGUGGGAACGGCCGAGCUCGCUUCAGCAGUGUCGAAUGCUGGUGGUUUAGGUAUUUUGACGGCAUUGACUCAACCUACCCCUGAGCAUCUUCGUCAAGAGAUCCGUCGUUGCCGUACGAUGACAAACAACCCUUUUGGUGUCAACUUGACGUUCCUCCCUGCUAUGACUCCCCCUCCCUAUGCUGAAUAUACCGACGUGAUCAUUCAGGAAGGCAUUAAGGUUGUUGAGACUGCUGGUAACAAUCCUGGUGAGCACAUCAAGAAGCUCAAGAAAGCUGGUGUCGCUGUCAUUCACAAGUGCACUUCGAUUCGUCAUGCCUUGAGCGCCCAGCGUCUCGGUGUAGACAUGCUCAGUAUUGAUGGCUUUGAGUGCGCUGGACACCCUGGUGAGGACGAUGUGACGGGAUUGAUUUUGUUACCCCUUGCUGCUAAGGCACUCAAGAUUCCCUUCAUUGCUUCAGGUGGAUUCGGUGAUGGUGCUGGUCUUGCUGCUGCCCUUGCUCUUGGCGCUGAGGGUAUCAACAUGGGUACACGUUUCAUGUGCACACAGGAAGCCCCCAUCCACAACAACAUCAAGGAACAAAUCGUCCAAGCUGGUGAGCGUGACACAUCCUUGAUUUUCCGUACACUCCACAACACAGCUCGUGUUUUCAGAAACAAGGUUGCAAAGGAGGUGAUUGAGAUUGAACGUAAGCCAGGUGGAGCCGAGUUCUCGGAAGUAGCUCCCUUGGUCUCGGGUCAACGAGGCAAGCUCGUCUAUGAGAUCGGUGACCCUGACCAUGGUAUCUGGACUGCCGGCCAGAUCGUCGGUCUGAUCAACGAUAUCCCUACCUGCGAUGUCCUUGUCAAGAGGAUAGUUCAACAAGCCGAAGAAAUCAUCAAGGACCGUCUGGAAAGCAUGAUCAUCCCAGAAUCCAAGCUCUAAAAGAAAUAGCAAUAAUAAUUAGACAUGUAC